AUGAAGGAAUCUGAAAAGCAAAAACGGGAGAUCUCUGAACCUCCCAGAAUCACGUACGAUGCUGCAACGAGAACUUUCGAUCGUCUUUUUAAGGAGGACUCCUUGGAUGCGAUGAAAACCGUCGUGCGCAAAAAGCUUGGCCUAUCUGGAUCUGCUCCAGUCUUUCUUUCUCAAUGGCGCGAAGGAAAGGCCGUCGAUUUGGAAGAUGAUGAUGACUUUGAGGCAUUUUCUGCAGCAGCGCGAUCUUCUUCAUCUGUUGUAGUCAAGGUCAUUCUUGGAGAAAGUCAAACUCGGACAUUGCCUUCAGCGGAUGAAAAUGAGACGCCUUCAAUAACGAAAACCAAACGGAAAAGAAAGUCUAGACAUAGUGUAACACCUCCCGUCACUGAAAGACCACCUGAAGAGAGUAUCACUCCUGAUAGCGGUCCUGAACUUGUACCUGCAAAAAAGCGAAGAGUCUCGUUUGCGGCUGAUGCACCCGAGCUAGGGCAAAUCAUGGAAGAAAAAUUGAAGAAAAAAGGAAAGGAGAAGUCUGCCUCACCGCCCAGAGACAUCACAGAGCACGAGCAAUCUGAGAAAGAAGGGGAGAGUGGCAAGAAGAAAAAGAGAAAGAAGAAUAAGCGCAAAGAUAAGGAAGGCGAAAACUUGGAGGAGGAUAACACGAAGGCAACGGCGGAAAAACUUGCUGUGGGGCAUGAGAGCGGAAAGAAGACUACCGCGGAUUCUACAAUCUCCAAAAUCCCUUCCAACGAUGUCGCACUUGCUGCUGUCACUGAAUUUGGGCAACCGACACCACAGCCUAAAAAGUCGAAGAAACGGUCAAGGUCUGGUGAUGCUCAGGAUGAAUCGAUUCCUACACAGCAACCUGUUCCCACAUCUGCUGCUGAUGAACAUGAAAGGCCUACAAAGAAAGCGAAGAAGAAAAAGGCCACAGAAAUCGGUGCUGCCGACAUUCCUAUUACAGAUGUAACUGUCGACACAACCACUAUUACUAAAACGACCUCGGAAACUGUAUCGUCUACUGUACACCCCUCUGCAAAUAAUGGUGCAGAGGAAGCCAAGAAACAGCGCAAAAAGAAGGAGAAGGUUACUGCCGACUUGGAGGACAAUUCUAUUUCUGAGACUGUGGAUCCUGGAAUUGUAUCCAAAAAUCCUGAUGAUGCUGUUUCUGAGAAACCGAAAAAGUCGGCAAAAUCUAAGUCUGCGAACAUUGCACCAAGCAGCGCUGCCGCUGAACUAACACGCACGGACGAACCGUUGCCCACGUCAAACAGUAUCACCGCGACCAGUGCUCCCGCGGCGGAUGUGUCUGAUAAAGCCCCUGUUACUAAGAAAUCGAAGAAAAAGGAUAAAGAGAAAACUGCAGCCACAAAACAGACCGAAACCGCAUUAGACACCACAGAUACGCUUUCUCGGCCUGACACUAGUAUGUCGACUGUCACCCACUUGCAUGAUUGCUAUGUCGAUUCUAAUAUACGCGCACAAGCAGAAUCCAAAAAAAACAAGGACACCGAAACCGAUUCUGAGAAUUCAGCGACUGCUGUAACGAAAGAUGGCGUUGAAUCAUCCGAGGUUACUAACGCGAAAUCAACGAAAAAAACCGGCAAGCAGAAGAAAACCGAGACUAUUAACACUGAGCAAACCAGCUCAACGAAAGGACAAUCGACAGAACAAGCAAACGCAGCCAUAGAAACAGCCGCUGUUAUGAAAGAGGCCACAAGAUUGGCUGUAGAGAACGUGCUGAAAAAGGCCGCUGAGAAAGCUGCUUCCUCUUCUUCUGGACAAGCCAACGCCACUUAUUCACCAACGGCGACGACAGAUGUUACAUCCGCCGCAAAUCACCCUACAAAGGCACCCUCAUCAUCGGAAAGCAGUAAAAGCAUCGAAAAAUCUCGCGUUUCCUUAGCGAAGUCAGCCAAAGAAUCUGACACCUGCCCUAUCUGUGAAACAUCACCCUUCCAUGCUCGUUCAAGAUGCCCUGUAAUCAAGUCUGGUAUCCGAGCUAUGCGCAAGAAGGUUGCCGAAUUAGAACAGGAUACAUCUAAAGACGGUGCCGAUUCUCGUGCUAGUAUCAUUCUUGAGCUACAAAAUAUUAUUGACAGGCGGACCAAGAAGCCUCGAGCUCCCGAUGCCCAAAAACCUGGUGGUACAGAGGCAGAAUCCGAGUCUCCUGGCAAGGAGUCAGAAGUGGUUGCGACAGUUGAUGUUACUUGUCCCGUUCCCACUUCUGUCCCAGAGCCGUCUAUAGAAGCUGAAGCUGCUCCUACGGCAGUCGUCCCACCUGCUUCUGUUCCCAGAAUAUCUGGAACCCCCUCUGGCAAACCAAUUUCAGCACGGGAGAUCCUGAACCAAAAAGCUCAACAAACCCUUUCCUCUCGAGCAUCGUCAUCGCAAAAACCUGUGGCUAGUGUUCCAACUGUGCUGCCUGCCAUGUCCAAACCAACACAUAUAGCAGAGGUCGCUCUUAGUAUGGAACUUUCGCGGUUUGGUGAUAUGUCGCAGUUUACCGAUAAAGAUCUGGAUGCACUAAUUCGUGGUCCGAGGCUAUCGAUGAAGAACGCGCUCCCUACUUCUGACACAGAGGAUGAGAGCGAGCAAGAGGAGGAGGAUGUUGUCUUGGAGGAGGAUGUUACUGUUGAAGACAGAGCCGCCCGAAAUGCGAGUCGGGUAGAAUACCCAAGUUCUUCCGAUGAAGCCGAGGAUGAGGAAGAAGACGAAAUUCCUUCUGGUGGUCCAUCGAAUGUCGACCAUCCUUCAACAGCAGCGAUUAUCGAGGAAGCGGAGGAAGACGAAGAAGAAGCCAAAGAUGCUGAGAAGUCUCAAGGCAAUUUAUCUUUUCAUGACAUCAACGCCCUCGGCAGCUCUGUCGAACCUGACAGGACCGGGAAUAACGCUGUUCAUGCUGCCGUCGGCGCUGAUCUUGCUUCUAUCAACGAGCCAGAGGCGUCGAAAAGCAAUGGUGCUAAAGAUUCAGAUAAUGAUUCUGACAAAUCUGACUCUGAUUCUGAGGACUCUUCUCCUUCUGGGCCGAAGGUUUCUCCUGAAAAUGUCAUUGAGGAUGAGGAUGCGGAUCCAAUAGAACCAUCUGACCCUCCCACUUCUACUCAGCCACGCCCCGUUGAAGACCUCAUUUCAUCCGGCGAGGAGGACGUACCUCUUUCACAGUCCACUCCCAAGUCUGAAGUUGUCGGACGCACUAGAAGUCAGAGAACCACCGCAGCAAUCAAAAGGUCCACCAUUACCAGCCAACCACCAGAGUCACAGAGCAAAGAUCCAGCAUCAAAGGAUGCCCCUGUCGAAGAGACUCCGAAACCGCGAACGAGAGGCAUGAAGAAGCUCACAGAAUUACCUGUACCACCAAACCCAGCCGUUCGCGUCAUUCGCCAAGCAGCAGUUGCAACCCCAAAAACUCGAAGACAGCUUGCACAAGAGAAACAAAGGGAAGAAACGCCCGAAGAAUCUGAGGUUACUGUAAGGACACGAAGCGCCGCAGCUGCAGCUGCGAAAGCCAAGGUACCUGCGAAAGCACCUCCGAAAACUCCAGCGAAGACGCCUGCCAGGGCAAAGACAACUGCUAAACCCCUUUCGAAGCAAGGAAAAUCAACUGUAUCGAAUGCAGUCCCAACAAAUCAAGAUCAUGGGCCCACUCCAAUUCCACCCUCUUCACCUGGGAAAAGAGCCGCUGGUUCCUCUUGGGCUGUGCUGCAGGAGAAUGUGCACUCACAAGUCGAUACUGAUAACGGAGGUCAGGUUGAUGAACUACUCUCAAGUCCUACCAUUGAGCCUCGGACUACUCGUGACCCUGGAGGUAAAGGUGAGAACUCAAUGAGCGUCAACGGAUCUCAACAAGAUCCGUUGUUCAUUCCUGCUGAAAGCCAACAAUCAUUCCCCUACUCUCAGUAUCCUCUGGACGUCCCUCACACCAGUCAGGCAAUUGCUUCACCCAAUGACUCUGACGAUGAGAAUGAAGUUGCUUUAGCCGUUGUAAAAACGUCAUCAGCACCCCAAAAACAGGCAUACCGUUCACUUACAGACAUCGCCAGCCAGUCGAAACUGUUUGCCCCGAGGCCUUCUCAGAUAUUGAAACAAAUUACAGAGCCACAGGACGAAGAUCUCUUUGGUCGAAAUGGUCAAGAAUCGGAAGAGUCGGAUAGCGGGAGUGACUCCGAUGACGACAACAAGAAACGAAUAUCGUCCCAUAUUCCGGCAACGAGACGGGCAGGUGUUGCUGUGCCGAAGAAGAAAUAA